GAAUCUCAAUGUAUCGUAGUGAGUGAGCCAUUCAGUUAAACGAUAGUAGAGUGUGUGUACAUUUCAUAUCAUAUUUAGUGGAAGGUUUUGAUUUUUUUGUUGUUCGGUUUUUUACAUUUUUGUGUUUCGUUUUCAUUGUCAGCAUAAAUUAUUGGAUUAAAAAAAAACAACAACAACAGAGUUUUAAUUUAAAUAAAUCAAAAAAAAAAAAUGUGAUUUUCUUAAAAGAUUUUAAGAAGAGACAUUUUUACAAUGCGAUUGAUUUGUAUAAACAGGGUCACUCAAAUUUGUGAGUGUUAAGAAAUAAUGUGUUUGGGAGUUUUUAACCCAAAAUUGUCACGGAUCAUGCAGCUAGCUUUUCAACUGUUUUGGAUAUUACCCUUUUGUAUGGGGAUGGUGAUUAGCGUCGUGGAAACUGGGCAAAAAAUGCAUGUAAUGUGGAAUAAGUCAAACCCUAUGUUUCAUGUAGAGGGCACUGCUCAUAUGAAUAUUCCCCUUCUGUCAAAUCUUGUGAUACUUUGUCCUGUUAACACUACACCUGCUGAAUAUUACAGAGUUUAUUGGGUUAAUGAGGAGGGUUUUAAUGGCUGUUUUUUACCACCGCAACACUCUCAGCUGCUUGUUGAUUGUGAUGACCCUACACAAGCAAUUACAUUUACAUAUGAGUUUAAACGUUUUAGUGGAGUACCUGGCGGAAAAGACUUUGAGCCUGGACAAAAUUAUUAUAUAGCAACAUUUUCAACAGGAACAAAGAAUGGCUUCACAAAUGAAUUAUAUGGGGCAUGCAAAGAAAGCAAUUUAAGACUUAAUAUAACAAUUUUGAAUCAAACAGUGGCCACUACUCCAAAACCUACCGACAGGCCUGUUUCAACAACAGAAUCUAGCACUUCUAGAAGAACAACAAGAACAACAAAGUAUACAACACGGUCCACGACAGUAGUUACAACACCAAGUACAACGACUUCAACAACGUCACGAAGACCUCGAACUACAGACAUUCCAGUUAUUACUGUACCAGACACGCCUGGAGGAAAUACAGGAGUUAUAGAUAUUUCUAGUGCACAGACUUUAAGCGUGCCGUCGGCACUAGUGCUCAGCCUUUGUCUUUCAUUAUUACAUAUACUUUACCUAAACGUUCCAUUGAUACAACGGUAGCAGUGGCUUCAUUUUCGUAUAGAAACAAUCAUCUGCUUUAAAUGAUCUGUUAUUGAUUUCUAUUCUAAACUCAUCAGUUUGUUUGUUUGCUCACCUGUUGAAUGGAUGGAUGCCAAAAAAAAAAUUGAAAGAUAAUGCUUGGAAUUGAUGAAUGUGUAUGAAGUCAUUCCAUUGAUGGUGAUUUUAUGCAAAUGGCUAUAAAUUAUAUCAUUAAAAAGCUGUGCUUUCCAAAUUUAUCUUUUCAAAAGAUGCCAGAUAUUGACUGGUUUUACAAUGAGCUGCUUCCUCCGUGGUUCAGAACUGCUUUUCAGGCUGAAAUUCUAUUAACCAGUCUGUGCAGACUGGAUCACAGUAUCUGCAGCCUGACACCAAAAUGUGCUAACCUGGAAAAGAAGUUAUGGACACAGUCUACAAUUAUAGGUACCUAAAAAAAUGUGAUAUGUUAAGAAAAAGCAGUGCUUUUGCCUGUACAUAGCUUUUUUCGAUGGGUUUAAGGUGUAAGAGGACUAACUUACCUAUUUAGUAUCUGAUGCCAGGAAUCAUUCAUGACUUCCUGAAGGGAACCGGUUGGACAGGAAAUGUUAGCCACCAACUGAAUUACUGUGGUUUUUGACUUUAUGAAGGGGACCCAGUGGACAAACAAGUUGAAUGGACUUGUAAAAGUGGAUAUAUAUUAGAUCUUGCCUCAUCUGCAACUAGAGCUUCCAGUAUCAGACUCCCAUUUCAUGUCUUGUGCUGGACUGAUGCUUUCUAAGACAUAAUUGUCUCAUUGAAAGCAAUGUUUGAGGUCAUUGAAUAGAUCUGCAUUUUUUGUACAAAAAAACAUUGUCUGUGAUUCUUAUAACUAAUGAAGUAUGCCAUAUAAAAUUAUAACAUACAGGACUUGCCUUUUUAAUUUUUUUUUUUUUGUUAAAUUUCAUAUCUAGAGAAUGAAAAAUAAAGAUACAACUUGCAAAAAGUGGAAAUCAUUUCAAUAAAAUCUUUUUUAACUUUUCUAGGAUAAAGCUGGAUUAUAUUUUGAAAUAGCUUAUUGAAAUUGGUCAGAAAAUUCUUUAUAAAUACCAAUUAGUUAUUAUUUUUUGAAAAGUGUCAGUCCUGAAUUCUUCAAAACCAUAUUGAUGUCUAUCUAGAGGAGGCUUGUUUGUACACAUAUACUAUUUGUGUGGUAACAUUUUUUGUUUACGUACAUAAACCAUUUGUGGAAACAUAUCUCAUGUAUGUACACACAUAUAAUUUGUGGGUGACCUCUUGACCUUUCUCAAGUGACCUGUAAUAGACACAAUGAUUUUAUUAAAUUGUUAUGUUAACAUAAAUCGGUGUUAAGGAAUUUUUUGUUUAAUGUUAAAAGUCCUGAUUGUUUCCUAAUUGGUUAUGGUUGAACAUUUGCGUUGUUUGUGUUCUAAUAUUUAUUAUAGUCAUUUACUUUUUAUUUGUCCCAAUUACUUAAUUUUUUGUAUAUCAUUUUAAGUCUAAAUAUUCAUAAUAUUAUAUAUGAUUUCAUAAUAUGUUUUAUACUACAUGUAUAAUGAAAAAAACUUUAAUUUAGGGAAAUUACAAAUUCACGUGUUAUGAUAAUUUAAGGGGAAAAAUCUUGUAGGUUUUUGUAACUUUAAGUUCGGAUGUUUUCAUUUUAAGGAAUUUGAACAUGAAAUGUUCAUAGAUGGCAGUAUUAAAUACAGAUAGAACAUUCCAGAAAAUUAUCCUAUGUUCAUGUUGGCUGGGCAACAUGUAUGCUAGCAACUCUUUCUUACCAAAGUUGUUUUCUUUUUUAAUUCAAGUAUAAAGCUUUAAAAUUUCCACAUCAUAACAACUACUACAGUCAUGUAACAUUUAGUUGUAAAUGAAAAUGACGACAAAUAACAGGUGAAAUUAUAAGAAUAAAAACCAAUGCUUUAACACCCUUUACCUGCUGAUUUGUGAAAUGGAUUUGCCAAACUUUUGAUUUGGAACAGUUCAUUGGAACAGUCCAAAAACUGUGUCAUUUUCUUUAUGUUCUUGAAUAACAAGUCCCAUACGAGUAUCAACUAUGUUCUUUAAUUUUCUCUUAUUUUUCACAAAAAUUUAUGGCAUUUAUUUUCAAAUUAUUUAUUAAUUAAUUUUAUAUUCCCAGAUAACUUGCUUUAAUCAAAUCAAAUCGGACAAAAAUUGGUUUAUAUAGAACUUAAAUUAUCUUGCUGAAGCUUUGAUUUUAUAUUAAAUGAUGGAAAGAUGGAAAAUUGACAAGUUUUAAGAAUUAGUUUAUUUUUCUAUGUUAACUACAUGGUGCUACGGUUUUACAACUGGGUAAAAAAAAUUCUUUAAAUUGAAGUUAUGUGGUUUGUCAACGUCAUGUAAGUUUUCUACUUUUGAUUUUUUUUAUAUAUUAUAUAUAUUUGAGUAGACAUUUUUUCUUUUGAUGUAGACUUUUUUCGCAAUAUUUCUAAUGAUGAAAUCAUUUUGAUUUAUGAGGGGCUUGCACCAUUUAUUUAUUUCACACUUUUUAUCUUUUGGUGUUAUUUUAUAGAAGUCACAAACUGUUCAUCUUAAAAUAUCUGAAAUUGACAUCAUUUACUCAUUAUUUAUAACUUUUCAGACGAAAAUGACAGGUGUCAUUAACCUGUAAAAUUCUAUAAAUAAAUUAUUAAUUUAAAAAGAUUCUAUAAAUAGAUUUUGAUUCUGAUUUCACUGAUAAACAUCGGGUCACUGAAUCAAAUGUUACGGUUAUUUUCCUGAAAGCUUUUGCUGAUCUCUUUACCUUUAUUAAAAAAGGUUUGGUAAAAACUUAAUAGAAAUGUAAAAAAAUCAACAAUGAAAUAUACUUUUUUUCCUGUGAAUGUCAAACAGUGGGGUGGUCAUAUAUGUAAAGAAAAUAUUUCUAAGUGUUUAAAAUGUCAUAUGUUGCAAUAUAGGAACUGUGGCAUAUAAGUUACAUUUACUGAUUUACAGCUUAGUUGGGUGGGAUUUUUUUUUGUAUAUACUUGUAUAGACAGUGAGGUUUCCUUCACUCUAAACAAUUUAUUUAAUCUAUUAGUAAUAAUUACACAGUAACAAAAUCAGGAGUGUCAAAUCUGUACUAGAUUGACAAAGAUAAAUUUUUGUAUGCCUUUUUUUUCCAAGACACAAUUUUUCAACAUUUAAUUAAUAUAUUUGGGAUGUAGACAAGCAUAAUUUACAGAACUUCAUUUAGUAUGAUUUUAUUCCAAAUCGAAAAAAAAAUUCUUGAUUUCUUACUUUCUGGUGUUCAGAAAGUGUAAAGCCUCUUCCAAUUAAUAUAGAGGUAAUAUUUGCAAUAUUUCUUGAUAUUUAUACGUUUUUUUACUCAGACAAAAAAAUUAGAUAUUUAAAAGGCAAUUUUUAUUCUAAUAUGAUUUUAGUUCAUAUAUUUUCAUAUUGCAAUAUACUUUUUUUAGUAGAUUUAAGAAAUGUUUCGUGCAAUUUCUUACCUUUGCCUUUACUCUAUUCCUCAGAUUCUUUUCUUAUUUUUUUCAUCAUGAAAUUUUUAAAACUGAUUACACAUUUAAUUGAUUGUAUUUACAAAAUUUUGUUUCACCUUCAUUCUUCAAAAUAAAUUUCAAUUUUUGUUUUUAUAUUUAGAAUAUUUACAUAAGAAUGAACAUAAGAAACAAAGGUGUUUAUAAAAAAGGACAAAAAUUUAAUCAAGUUAAGUUUUGCUGUGAAUUAAUUACGUUUAACAGAAUGUUUAGCUCACCUAAGCAUGAAGAGCUUAUAUUUAAGGUGAGCGAUGCAUGGCCAUUGUGACUUUCUUUGUUUUUUGUAUUUUUUCAGAAACUUACUAAUUUUGUAUAAAGUAACUGUACAUUUUUUAUAUAUAUAUAUAAAAGAGACGAUAUAUAUCCUGUAUAUAUGUACAGAAAUUGUAUAUACUGUAUGAUGAAAUUGAAGAGUGAUAAAUAUGUAUAUGAGAUAGAGUAAUUUUCUAUAAAAAUAGUAAAAAAGACGGACAGACAUAAUAUCGGAUAAAUGUAUCAUAUGGUUGCAGAAAUAGUUGCAUAUUGUUUGGAUGUUAAUUGGUAUACAUUAAAGCCUAAAUCAACCUGCUUGUGGCAUCGUAUUCUACCCAUGCAACCUGUGCAGACCAAGAUCAGCCGGCAUAUCUGUGCCGUUCGGUCAUGGUCUGCACUGUUUGUUUAUCAUUCAGUAAAUAUUUUGAAAAAUUUCCAUAAAAAUGAUAAAUGAUUUUGUCCAGAUUGCCAGAUGGACUAGUCCAUUUAAAAUAUUUAGUGAGGCUAUGGUUAAGACCUGUUUUCCAACAUUGUUGUAAUCUCUGGACUGCAUGAAAAUUUACAAAAAUUUUAAAAAUUAACACAUAAAUGGCAAAAAUUAUUUUGAAUAUUUAUUUUUAGCUAUAUUUAUUUUGUGUGGGAAAAAAGAUUACAAAUAUUUUUUUAUGUGUAUUAAUUUGUUGAUGAUGAAGGGGAAAAAAAUCAGUAUAAAACAAAGUACAUUUGUAAUAAAGAUGUUUUAAAGAUAAAGAUGUUUAAUCAUCCAUGCAGUCUUAUUACACUGUUGACUGCUAAAUAUAUGAUUUUGUUAUCGAAACCCCUCAUGUCAACAAUGGACUGCACCAAUUUUUAAACAAGGACAAGUCCACUUUUCAAAAAUUUGGAUGUUAAGGGUUAAUAUUUUAUGAAUGACUUUAGUAAUAUGAAUCAAGUCAUGUUGAGUGUUUCAUGUGAUUUUGGAUGUCUUACUAUGGGUAGAUAGAAGCUUUACUAACUGUGUAUACCAAAUUCUGUUGACAUACGCUCAAAUUAAAGUUUUGUUCACUUUUGCAUAAUUUCUUUACUCAUUAUUAUUUUGAUUAGGCCAAAUUAAAAAAAAUGUUUGUUUCCUAUUCUUCUAAGGACGAUUAUAAAUAAAUCAUAUUGUUUAUUUUACUAUGGUUUAAGAUUGAAACUGCAUUUUUAGCUAUAAACCAAUCGGACAGGAAACAAUUAUGAUGUUUAAUAAUGUAUUACAAUCCAAACAAAAUUUCAAAAUAUACAAAAGGAAAAUAUGGUGGAUAGGAAACAAGCAAUUUUGUAAUGUUGUAAUUUUUUGCUCUAUUAUAUAUAUAAAUAAAUAUAUAUAUAUAUGUAUGAAAAGAAUUUCACAUUUGACAUAAUAAUAAUUUUAUAAAGUUAAGAUGGCUUUUUUGUUUGUUAGGUAGAUUUUAUUUCUGAUUUUCUGAUGUAACCACAGUUGAUUACGUUAAUUGUUUUACUUAGUCAAAGACUGAUAUAAUUUAACAAUGUAUCAAUACCGUAAAUACAAAAGAAUAUUACAAAUCUCCUCUCGGAAAACUGAAAUCAUAAAAAAAUUUGCUACUAUUUCUUUCAUCAUGAAUAUUUGAUCUGUUGAACUAACAUGCUUCAUGUUUGUAUGUUUGUUUGUUUUUUUCUUCAUUGAUAUACAUGUAUUGUUAAUUAUGUAAUAAUGAUCUAAUGAAAUUUUUAAUUGUGCAAUUGUUUUGUACUUCAUUACAUAAUUAUAUUGAAGAUUUUCAUUAAAAAUCUCAAUAAACUCUAAAACUGA